AUGCUUGAUACGUUAAAAGAACAGUUCACCGGCAAAUUGUUACGUGCGGCUGUUUGGGCCACUGAUGACCCUAAGUCGUUCUUCCUGAUGCUUGCUGUUUGCAUGACGCCUUUUCUGUUGCUCAGUGCUUUGCUAUCGUGGAAACUCCGCGGCGCCAUAAAGGUAUCGCUUUGUUCUGAUUUUUUUUUUUCAAACAGCCAGCAAUUUUGUUUGCAAGAUCGUGAAAAGCCUGGAACUGCGGUAGAAUGA